UCAAAUAAAAAAAAUGCAGUGAUGUGUAUCUUUCGCUUCAGAGCACGGACGAAUGCUACUGCUGUAUACGGUACGCAGAGAAACACGGGGUACUCGUUAAGCAGAAAAAGCCGACUGCCUAGGCCCGAACGUGUAUGAAAAUACUUAAAGAAAAGUAACGAGGCACAGUGGUCCGCCAUCACGAAAACAGGUGGAUUUGCACCCAACCCGAACCAGAGCAGCCAGAGGGGCCAGAGCCCGGCGGACUGGUGCCGGAGAGCUGAGACAGCUGGAGGUCAUUUCUCGCUCGUUUUGGGCUCGCCGACGAUUGAAUAACGGUCAGAUGAAACUAUUUGCAACUUCUUGUCAUCAUCACACCUCAAGUACUUGCCUUACAGAUGCUACGCAGUGCAAAUUUCGAAGUAAUCGGGAAAGUGCAAGGUAUGUUGGCUUGCCGUUGCACCAAGGAUGAAGCCGACAGGCUAGGGCUGUGCGGAUGGGUGCGCAACACGAGUAGGGGCACUGUUGAAGGAAUUAUUCAAGGUAGCGCGGACAAGAUGAACAACAUGAAACACUGGCUCAGCAAUGUUGGCAGCCCACAAUCGGUCAUCAACAGCUGCAAGUUCACGAAUGAGAAGACCAUCGACAACCUGGAAUUCGAACAGUUCAGUAUUAAAAAAACGGUCUAAAUAUUUUGG